GAGCUGAUCAGGAGUCCACUGUCCGUAUUGUCGGGCUCACAUAUGACUGGGAUGCUCUCCACGCUCUGAUCUCUCCCACCUACGGUUUAACAUAUCUGAACAGCAGAGGCCCGGCCCACUUGUGAAGCUGCAAUCACGACAAUGACGACUUCCGGCAUUGGCCAGGUGGUAUCGUGGUACAUCUGUACUGUUGCUGCCGUCCCUUUUGUCUGCCUGCGCACCUACACGCGAUGGGCCAAAUUUGGCGGCCUGGCAAUCGAGGACGGGUUUAUCAUUUUGGCACUGUUAUGCCUCAUCGGUGACCUGGCAAUCCAACAACACAUGUGGAAUCUGGGUCUCGGUGAUAUAGCCAAAGGGACCUUGACGCCAGACAAAAUCAAGGGCAUCAUGCAGAUGAUCGUGCCCGGAUCCACCCUCUACGUUGCAUCCCUAUGGGCUGUUAAGCUCGCACUUGUACUCUUCUACAAGCGCCUUGCUGCACCAGGCUCGAAGCUCAUCACAGUAUACAACAUCGCCCUCGGUGGACUACUCGUCACUUUCCUCGUCAUCUUCUUCGAUAUCCUAUUCCAGUGCUAUCCGUACGACAAAAGAUGGUCGGCUGAUCCCGAUUAUCAGUGUGAUCCGAAAGCUGCUGACAUCAACUACUGGAUUACCAUCUUGUUCAACAUCAUCAGUGAUGCGAUUAUCAUCACUCUUCCAAUCGUUAUGGUCAUGAGGUUACAAAUGAAGCUGAAGCAGAAGCUUGGUGUUGCAGCCAUCUUCGCGCUUGGUAUUUUCGUAAUAAUUUCCAGCAUCAUCCGAGCCUACUACUCCCGCCUCAACGAAACAAUGUUGACAUGCACUGUCUCUAUGGUCGAGACAUCGAUAGCCAUCAUCGCAUCAUGCCUCCCGGCUUUGCGAUCCAUGCUCAUCGGUGGCAACACCCAGAAUGCGACGAGCAGCUACGGCAAGCAUUACGAACUCACGACAGACAAACGCAAGACGAAUGCCCAUCGACUGAAUGGACAUACUGCCAGUGUAAUGUCGCCACGGAGGACAAGACACAGCGCAAACGAUUCAGAAGACUCGCUGGUUACAGGCGGUAUAUCGGUCCAGUCUGGUGACCCAAGCUUGUCAAAUGACAAGAGCGGCAUUCAUGUCGAGACCACAAUCGCGACGGAUUACGUGGGGGGCGGUGAGAGUACCAAAUCCGCCGUCUAG